GCGCGGGAAGCACAGAGGACGAGCGCGCACGCGCUGCGCCUUUGCGAGCUGGAGCUCCGCUGGGCUCAAGGUGCGGAGGGUGCCGCCCUGGAGUGCCUUCAAGAAAAGGAGCAGGAGCUUGGAAGAGAGCUUCGCCAGUUCGAGCGCGAGCUGAAGGCUACCGACGAAGCACUGAAUCAGUUCAGAAAUGGUCCAAUGGCAUCGCUCAAGGUCCUGCAAGAGCCGGAAAUCGCGGUGGUGCCACUGAAGACCCCCACGAAGGGCAAGCAGGAGUCAGGCUCUCAGGUUUCAUGCGGCAUGGUGGUCCGGAUGGAGUUGCCUGCAAAUGGACAUGCAGAUUUCUGGUAUGCGCGAGUCGAGUGGGCCUCGUUGGCAUGGGAUGACGUGGCGGCCGUGCGUGAUCAGACACCGUGUGGUAUCGAGCGCAUUGCCCGCAGUGCAAGCCGUUUGACCGGUGAUGAACAGACAUCAAGUUUUAUGUCAUGCAGCUGGACAGACAGGUCCAAUGCCGACUCUGCGUCAUCAGACCAACCGGAGGAUGCAGAAGUGCAGAUCGCAUUGGCCCGGCGGGCUCUUGACAGACUCGCGAAUGAGGUUCAGGUGGUGGCCGCAGAGUUUGAGGGAUCGGAGGAUGACUUUCCGGACGUGCCGGUCUUCUUGAGCCUGCCGCCCGAUGAGGUGGCACGAACGACGCUGCGGCUGAUGCGGAAGCUCCUCUGCCGCCGAUCGGAGGCCUCUGCCGCUGCUUUGGCAGAGCAGCGGCUCAUGGCCUGGACGUGGCAGUGGCUAGCUAUGGAAGCUGGUCAGCGGCAAGAGCUGUGCCGAUUGGCGGUGCAAGGUGGGGCGUCCCUGCCUGCGCAAGUCCAGGCCCGUCACCUCGCCUUGUUGAUCGAUGUGCACUUUGCCCGGUCAUGGUGGGAGGAAAGGCAGCAGAUGCUGGCGCUGGGGGUGGCGUGCGAGGAAGCGGCCUCAAGCGAGGAGACCAUUCGGGCCACACGGCGCCAGGAAAGAGGUGCAAGGGUGUGGCAAAUUGCCGUGUCCGCCAUGGCAGUGCUUCCCGACGCGGAGCUGGAUCUGAUCGGCCAGGCAGCCGUUGCGGAGGCACAGCUGGUCCUGUCCCCCAUCAGCAUGGCAAGGGCGGUACUGCACUUGGCUCCUUCCAGAAGGAGGCAGCUGAUGGAGAUCCUCAUCCAGGAAGGCAUACUGGAGGAGUCAUCUGCUUCAAGGUUGUUUCGGGCCUUGACAGCACUGGAUUCCAUGUUGGGCACCGAUGUGCUCGACGCGCUGCUGAUUGGGAUGGAUACCGUGUGUGCUGGGGUGAGCUGGAGUGCAAAUGCCCUGGACUCGAUCGGGAAGCUGGGCUCCAGCACACUCAGUUCCGUGGGUGCGCUGGGCUCCUGGUCUUACCAAGCCAUUUGCUCGGAAGGCGCUGAGCUGGGCCCGUGCGAGGCCGAGGAGCCUGGCGCGGGCAGUGACUCGCAGCCCUCGGAGCUUUGUGCUCAGGAGCUCAGCCCAUCUCCCGGGCUCAGCGCGGCGCCCGCGGAUCCCAAAGACUUCCUCUAG